UCCGUGACUUAAUGCCCAUUUUUGUCUCUCAAGCUUCUUCAACCGCCUACCUUGUUUCUUCAAUCUCUUCUCUUCUGUGUUUUCCCAUAGAAAUCUUCGUUCGAAGCAAAAUGUUUGUGAAACCCAAUUCUUCGUUUUCAUUCUCAACCAUGCAAAGGGAUGGUUUUGGCCUCCCCUUCUUUGGUUUGACUUCCCAACAGGGAAUUAGAAGCACAAAGUUUCUGGCCUCUGUUUCCAAAGAACCAGAGACUUUGUCCCUGGAGAGUGUGAUAUUCCGGCCAUUUGAAGAGCUCAAGAAAGAUGAUCUUGUUGUUCCGGUGAACCCUCAUCUUUCACUCGCUCGCCAGUUUUAUUCUGAAGAAUGUGAAGCUGCAGUCAACGAGCAGAUUAAUGUGGAAUACAACGCGUCAUAUGUGUACCACGCCUUGUUUGCUUACUUUGACAGAGACAACAUUGCUCUUAAGGGCCUUGCCAAGUUCUUUGAGGAGUCGAGUGAAGAAGAAAGAGAACAUGCUGAAAAGCUUAUCAAAUAUCAGAAUAUUCGCGGAGGAAAAGUAAAACUCCACCCUCUUGUAUGUCCUCAAUCUGAAUUCGAGCAUGCAGAGAAGGGAGAUGCAUUAUUUGCUAUGGAACUAGCAUUGUCAUUGGAAAAGUUAACGAACAAAAAACUUCUGAACUUGCAUAGAGUGGCAGAGAGGAACAGUGAUCCCCAGUUGGCAGAGUUUAUUGAGAGGGAGUUCCUAACUGAGCAGGUGGAGGCAAUCAAGAAGAUAGCAGAAUAUGUAUCUCAAUUGAGGCUUGUUGGUAAAGGCCAUGGUGUGUGGCACUUUGAUCAGAAACUCCUCCAUGAAUACGAUGCUGCAUGAUGAAGAUUUUCAUCUUUCAAAGGGUUAUGCUAUUUGAUGCUUUUCUGAGGUCAUUAUUUAUGUAGAAAUUUGUAUGAGCAGUACUACUGUUUAGUUAAAGUGUUUUUUAUGUUAAAGUUCAAGGAGGAUAGGAAACUCUCUGUAGAAUAUUAUGAAUAUUUAAAUUAAAUAAAAUAUAAUCAUAAUAAAGUUUCUAGUGGCUGUA